ACGAAACACUGACGACAGCAGCGCGCGCAGCCGCCCCCUCGGGCGCAACCCCGCCGCCGCCGAUCCCGCCACAGCAGGGCCCGCCACCAGCCCCGGCGGGCCCUGAGCGCACCCGCGCCAACGACCCCGAGGGCCGCGCCUCGAAGGCGGCGCGCCUCGAUGUGGAGGCGCCGACGGCGGAGCAGCGCAGCCGCUCCUCCAAGAUCGAGAUGGCGAUGCAGGACUGGACGCAGCUGCUCAACCACGCCAACGAGGCCGCCGCCUCGGAGACGUGGGAGCUGCCGCCCGAGGAGCUCUUCCUGCGGAUCCUCGCGCAAGUCAACAAGUCGAAGCGCGACGUCCUGCAGGACAAGUACAACCAGUGCCGCGACCCGUCCAAGACCGCCGCCACCCGCUCCGUCUUCAUCCGCGUGCUCAAGCGGAUCGCCGAGUCGUUCAUGACGGCGCUUCACAGCAUGCAGGCCAACCGGCAGCUGCCGAACGCCGCAGCCCCCGGCGCCGCGAGAUCCGCCCCAGAGACGAUGGGACGGUAGCGGUCAGAUCCCAUAUGCUACGGGUCCCUAGUACGGGUUCGGGGACUGUUCACAGCAGUGCGGGGGUAGGGGACCCCCCGGGAGUACCAGUAUGGAUUUCUUUUUCGGUCGCCAAUUCCAGGCUGGAUUUCUU